UGAACAGUGCACCAGGGCACUUUGUACAGUAUGCAAAGGCAGAGGAUACUCUUGCAGUGUAACCUGGCCCCUCCUCUUAAGAGGUUCUGCAUUUAAUCCGGCGAGGGACGAGGCCAGGUAACUCACGUGACCGAGCGAGGCGGGCGCUCUCGUACCUGGGACCUCGUGUCGCGUCGCGUCGUGUUGUUGCUGAAAUUUUACACGUCUGUUGUGGACGCAUUUAGUGCUCUUGUGCAGUGCAUCUGUUGGGAUAAUGGGGGGAGGGAAUCGCUGUGAAGGCUAGCACCCGGAGAAAACGGUUUGUAGAUUACAAUCCGACGUAAAGGUCCGUUAUUUGACGGUCAGAAGUAUUGGAAAAUACUGUACGGGUCGCCUAUUUUAACCUGUCACGUCCACUGAGGAACUGUCCGCACCGAAUACAAAGGAAGAUUUCCCACGGCCCUCUUACAAGUCUCUAGUAUGUUCUUCCAUCAUUCAUCGUGGUGAAAAGGUGUCCUUUGACCUAGUGGAGACAGUUUUGUCAUCUAGGGUGUCUUGUCGUUGGGCUUUGUAAUGACACAUGCCUCUGAACCGCCCGUGCUGUCUUUCAUUGGUUGGUAAGUUCGUAGAAGCGUGUCUAAGUGCUGUGUCAGCCCAGACGGAGGGCUGUUGGCUGUUAUUUACAAAAUCCCAUAGAUGCUUUCUUUUGUUUCUGUCUCUAAGUUUAGGCUAUGGUAUAGACUUGCUUUUUUGUCUGUAUUUGUGUUUUGAGCUGCGGCAUGUUGUAAUAUAACAGUUUAAUAAUGAAUUUGCUUGCAAGAAAAACACACUGUCGCCUUUUUGUGACUACAGUUUUGCUCUGUCGCGUGACCAAGCGCGUUGUUGUUUUUUUUUAACUUUUAUGAUUCAGGGUCCUUUGCACCUAACAUUUGAAGAAGAUGGACUUCAGUCCUCAGAGCUGGCGGUCGGCCAUGUUUCCAGUUAUAAGAAGUCUGGCGAGCACCAGAGUGUGCACUGUGAGCUGCUGGGGGACAGCCUGCAGUUUGCCCUUGGCGUGGCGAAGAGGACCGCUCCACCCUCAGAUCCGCAGAACUACAGUGUCAACAUCUCCCCCCUCCGACUGCAGCUGGAGCUGCAGGUGAGGGAGGUUGCCGGGAGUCUGCGAGUCACCUGGGCGCUGUCACACCUGGAGGACUGGGACCUGCAGGUCACUCCCAGCAGCAGACAGGUGGCUGAGGCGAAUGAUGUGAGUGUGGCGGCCCUCAGGAGCAGAGUCAGGGAGAUCCUGUGUGCUGCCCGCCCCCUCGUGCUCGUGAGCAGCAGGCCUGCUCAGGGCAAAGUUGCACAGGAAGUGCAGAACAAGGGGGCUGUGACUCAGGUGACCUCUCCCCCGAAGCCUCCACGCGCUCAUGACUGGAAACUGCUGGUGAAAAACAUCAAAGCCACAUGUGAAAUGGAGAACAGUGCUGCAGGCAGCAUUAAUCCCUACUUUGUGCUGCAGUUGGAUGAUCCUCCACAGAAACUAUCAAGCUCCGUCUUAAAAAGCACUUCCAGUCCCUCAUGGGAGCAGCCCUUCAUCUUUGAACUCAGCGGAAGAUCAAGAGAACUAAAGAUGCAGCUCUUGGACGAUGGGAAGCCCCAGGAGACCUCCUCGCUGGGGCAGGUUUCAGUGCCUUUCUAUCUUUUUGAGAAGCAUCCUAACGGACAGCAUACGUUUGCACUUAAGACUCAAGACCGAGUUACCGGGUCACUUUCUGUAGAGUUCACUUACCUGGAGCCCAAUGAAGUCCGAACAUGGCAGGCUCCCACCCCAGCCCCUACUAAGAAAGUAGAAAUGGACCGCACUGUCAUGCCCUGCGGAACGGUGGUCACCACCAUCACCGCAGUGAAGAGCAAACCGGGGAGGUCACCUUCUUCUGUGCUCAACUCAGAAUCGCCCACGAAGGGACCGUCCAAAGUCAGACUGUCCGAGAGAAGGGUCUCAGAGCAGCCCUCGCUGUCCGGAGCUACGGUCAGCAAAGCUUUGUCCUCCUCGGAUACAGAGCUCCUGGUGCUGAACGGCACCGACCCGGUGGCAGAGGCCGCCAUCCGCCAGCUGCACGACUCGGCCAAGCAGAAACUGAAGUCCCCGGUCAAGAAGAGCACGAUCAUCAUCUCCGGGGUGGCGAAGGCCCCCCUGUCUCCGGACGACGAGCUGGCGCUCAUGGCCGGGUACGCGGCCGCCAUGGACGCCUCCAUGACCCCGGGCCCCCGGGCCGAGGCGCCGCCGGCCCCCGUGCCGGCGCCUGCAGGGGGCGCCGUGGAGAAGGCGCAGCCAGACCCCCAGGAGGGCCCCAGCGGGACGCCGCUCCUGAGAGACUGGGAGGGCGAGCUGGCAGAGGACCCCGACGAGGAGAAGAUGUCCAAGAUAUCGGUCUGCGUGUCUGAGCCUGGCGGCACGAAGAAGGGGAAAGGUGGGUUCCUGCACAAAAGCGCCAAGCUGUUUUUCCGGCGCCGGCAGCAGCGGAAGGCGCCGGGGAUGAGCCAGUCGCACAACGACCUGGUGUACCUGGAGCACCCCGUGGCCAUGGACAAGGAGCGGGGCACCCUGGGCCGCCUGCUCAACAAGAAGCUGCUCCCGAAGGCCCGGAGCAAGAGCCGGGCCAACGGCGCCGCCGUGGACCCGCAGGCGUGAGGGCCGGGCCCCUGGGGGCCUCCCGGGGGCCCUGCUGACUGGUGCGCCCUUUCCCCUUCCCCUCUCCCGCGGCCAGGGAGGGGAGACCGUUUUAAAAUAAGCCUCUCACGGAGCGACGGCAGAUGCAAAUCUAAAAAUGGACUUUGGAUAGAUGCAAUAUAUAUAUGUAGUAUUUCACUAACUAUGGCAACAAAAAAUGUUUCGCGACAAUUUCCUCCUCCUCCUCCUCCUCUUCCCCUCUUGUAAGUCAGCGGCCUUCUUGUCUCGCUUCACGGAGUUAAUGUUCUUUUUUUUUUUUUUUCCUGUCUUCCUCCGUCACCGCUGCUCAGAAUCUGCCCUGCCUCUGGCCGUGCCUGAACCCUCGGGGUUGCUGCUUCGCAACGCUCCCCGACGCGGGAUGCGGUUCGCACCGCAGCGCGUGCCCUCCGGGUGCCGUCGUCUUUAAGUACGACUCCUGGUGAGCAGGGUUUUCGCGGCCCUGGUCCCGAGGGCUCGCCCGCCUGCUGGUUUCUGUACCGACCGAGUUUCUCUUCUCCUCGUGGAAGCCAAAUUCGUUCCACUGGCAAGCUGCUUGACCGGAGAGGUUUGAGAUUCCUUGUCACUCAUGACGCAAUAGUUUAAAGGCCACGUUCUGCAGUGACAGGAACUGCAAGCGUGCCCUAAUUGAGCUCAUACAAGGGUUAAGGCUUUGACUAAGUAACUGAGCGCUCGGCUGGAAUGAGCUCCCGCAGGUACAGUACCAGGUGUGGGUUGUUGCACUGCGGGCCAUGCGGAAUAUACUCGAGCCCCUAGCAGGUUCCACAGCACACAAGGGGUGUAAAUGGGGAAACUGGUGAGAAGGGAAGUGGUGGUGGGUGUACCCUCUGUGUAGCUGGUUCAGUACAGGGAUUGCAAGCUGCUAUUAAGCUGCACAAAGGUAUCUUGCUGCAUCAAAUUUGCCCGCACUUUGUGCCUUUUCAUUCUGUUUAUUAGAUCCCACUGGCACACGUUGAUAUUUUCAUGACCUCUACCAAAAAAAACACACCUCUGCACCCCUUUUAACUCUCCAGGUUUUAUGUAUUUGCAUACCCCCGCCCCCCAGGUAGAGGCAGCAGGAAUGCGCGCUCAAUGUUUCGACUCAGGAUGAACUUCUAAUAAAGCAUUAAGUGCUCAAAAUGGCUUUGUGGUGAUCACGGUCAUUUUCUAUAUACCCUGCUCCUAAAGCUGGUGAUUAUUUCUUCUGUCACUGCCGCUGCUCUAAUGCUCGGUGUCCUCGAAUUGUCAUUCCUUUGUGGAUUUUGUGAAUUUAUGUGCAAGGCCUAGGUUUUCACUCGCAUGGUAAUGGUCAAGGGCCCGUCGUGGAGUCCCUCUCUUUAAAAUAAUAGUCUCUAUAUUGGUAAAGGAUGCUAUAAGGUUGCUAAUGCUGAUAAAAGAAUGUAAAAUAAUGAUAGGUGACUCUAAAUUCUGCUUUUCUGUUUCUGCUACAAGACCCAAAUGUAUGUUCAGUUCUGAUUCAGAAAAGACCCUGUUUACCAAUUUGAUUUAUUAUCAGGUAUUAAAUAUGUAUUAUGAGACUGUAAGAUCAUAAUGUCUUGAAAUUUACCAUUGGAAGACUGCAGAUGUAACAAAAAAUGUUGAUUUUCCUGUGAUGUUGAUUUUAAGUGGGAGCAAGCAGGUGGUGAGGGGACGUUUCGGGACUGGGAAGUGGGGCGUUUCGGGACUGGGAAGUGAUUUUCUCCGGUUACAGCUCUCUACACGUUGGCUGUUUUCUCAUAAGCGAGUCGGACAGUUCGGGAUCCUAGCUAUCCGGCCGUCAGGGCAGGGCUGUGCCGUUUUUUUUUUUUAAAUCUGCGGUUUCUUGAAAAAGCGUAUGUUUUAGGGCUCAUCCGCUGGGAUCUAUGAAGCUGGCUUAGGGAAGCAAACGCUUGCGGGCGGUGCUAAUCGUUACCAUCUUCGUCCGCAAGUCGGACAACGGAGGGCUGGCAUCAACCCCCCGUCCUCCAGCUCCAGGUUGGCACAGGACCCGAUGGCCGGCCCUUUCGUUUGCUAGAGGCUUCCCACUUCGACCCAGUGGGUUUAAAAGCCUUAGAAAGGGUUUGGGGAAGUUUCAGUUUGAUCUGCGGGUUCGGCUCACAGUAGUACCUUGUAAAUGAGGCGGUCAGAGGAUGUGAAUAUUCAAUCUUAAGGUUGUCUUCAAGGUGAGACUUGGUGUGAUUGAUCAUAUGACCUAAGACAUACCUUUGGAUCAGAUGGGAUGCUGGAAGCCCGUUGCAAGAGAGAGAGAGAGAGAGGCCUUGUUAGCACUUGGCCUCAAAGUCGUACUUUCAGUGGCUCUCUGUCUCAUUGAAGCAAGAAGCGACUAUUUCAUCUGCGCCAAAAUCUAAAAUAUUUAAGAAAUCAACUUUAAGGGUUAAACAGAAGGGGAGAGAAGUGUUAUUUGUUGCCAUGCCAGUGAUAUGCAUUUCUUUGUAUCCAUUCCUGAAUUUCAAAAAUUUCUCUUUCUCGUCUCGGUGUAACCAGCACUACAGUAAUUUGAAGGGGUUUGUGUAUUUGGGGCAAAGAAGCGUUCGAAAAUAACUUUGAGAGAUGUAGUGGAGUUGUUGGCGAUAUGAUUUUUUCUGCCUUUGUGAAUUAAUUUCUGUUCAGGAUUUUUUAUACUCGUAUUCUGUUGUGUCUGCUGUGCAGUUUGUUUUCAUGAUAAAUAACGAAGCUUUAACCAAAUGGAGAGCCUAACUGGGAAUUGUACAGCGUGGGUAACCAGUAAAAACAUCAUGAUGCCAUUUUUAUUGUUUUUGCUACCAGCUGGAUUAUUUUCUUAGCAGCUAAG